CCGUAAUUGGUGUGCAGUUGAGUGCAAACCAGUGAUUGAAAAGUGAAAUUAAAUACAAACUCAUUGUAUGAAUGAAACUGAAGUGCAAUUCAUUUGAUGACAAUUGAAGACAAUUGAAGACAUAGAUCCCGACCGCAGACAAUGGCUUUGAGUGAGUUUUGGCAGCACUUGACUGGUCCCAGACUGUACAGGAUCUUCAGGUUCAGAGACGCGCCGGGUCGCAAAUACGAGGCCAACAGCGUUGAGAUCUACUCGGAUAAA